AUGGGCAUGAAUUACUACAUCGAAUGUGACACCGUCUUUACUGACAGCACCCUGAGUACGGAAGACUCGAACUCACUCGCCUCCUGCGUAUCGGCUUGCGACAUGUACAAUACCAUGACAUUCUACCAAGCAAGCGAGUGCAAGGGAAUUAGCUACAUCAGCACAUCAACUACUAAUAACUGUGUGCUAAAAAGUGGGUAUACCGGUGAAAACCAGCUUGGCACCCACUCUGCUCGACUCAUGACGCCGUAUAGUGGACCUGGGAAUGGUACAGGUGCGGGUGGAUAUGGAGGUGGAGGGGGCGGAGGUGCUGGGACAACCGUCAUUAUGACAACUAUGCCUCCAGCUGUGGUGACAUAUGUCACCGGAGGUCAGACACAAACGAUCAUCCGUGGUGGCUCCACGUACGAGACUGUCGUUGGCCAGCAGACCAUCGUUUCAACGGUCGCUGGAGGAAGCGGAGGAAAUGGUGGGUCUGGCGGAGGAGGAGGAGGGUCUGGCGGGAACGGAGGAAGCGGUGGGUCGGGUGGAAACGGAGGAGGUGGGACGGGCGGCUCAGGCGGCGGCGCCCUUACGACCGUUGUUGGGGGCGUGACAUACUUUUCGACUUACCAAACUGUCGUCCAGACAGCCAAACCGGAGGUGUCUACUGUGGUAUCUAAUGGCCAGACGAUUGUCUCGACUUAUGGAUACAGCACCGUCGCCACAACCCAGUAUGCAACGGCCACCAUCGUCUCUGGUGGCAGCACGAUCAUCAGCACCAUCGUGAGCGUCAGCCCGUCGAUCACCGUCGUUCCAUCAACCGUUUUCGGAGUCAGCACCCAAUUCAGCACGAUUGUUUCGAACGGGAUCACCACAGUUUCUACCUACGGCAUUACAACGUUGAUCAAAAUUGUUUCCGUCACGGUCACCUUGACAGAAACGACGACUGGUACAACGACAGCCACAACGACUGAAAUAUCCACGGCUACUACUACCGGUACAACCACAGGGACAACUACAGCUACCACUACAGGGACAACUACAGGAAGUACAACUGCUACAACCACGGCAAUAUCUGUUUCCAUCUCCGUAUCAGCCUCUGCUACAACAGACACUACCACGGUCCUCGGAACGAUCACCAUCACAGAAGGAGGGAGCCAAUUCAUUUAUAUCACAGCCCCGCCCGUUACAGUCUUCGCAACGCCCGUAUCCAGUUCGAGUAGCUUCACAUGCCGAACGUUUGCUACCAACUACCUGAAUGGUAUGCAUGGAAGAGUCAGGAAGGAGAAGAGGUUCGUCGAAGAGCAAAUUCCAAUCACGCCUCUGUCGCAUCCUGCUAUGCCGGGUGGUGUGGCAAUGAUCGGUACUGUCAAUCCUCAUUGA